AUGAAUGUCUGCAUCUUCAGUGGACAGGGAUGGAGUAAGACAGGGCGCUGCCUGGUAACCAAGUUCUACCAGCACAUCCUUGCCUUGGUGUUUGCUGUUGAUGAGAUCAAUGAGAACCCCAGGAUCUUGCCCAAUGUCACCCUUGGGCUCCACAUCUAUGACAGCUAUACUGAUUCAAGGAUGACCUACCGCACCACUAUGGACCUGCUCUUCAAAUCCCAUCACUUCAUCCCCAACUACAAAUGUGGCACCCAGGAAAAUGUAAUAGGAGUCAUAGGGGGAUUCAGCUCUGAUACAUCCUCACGCAUGGCAGACAUCUUGGGUCUUUUCAAGAUUCCACAGAUUUCAUAUGGCUCUUUUCAACCAGCAGUCAAUUACCAAACCAAGUCCCCUUCCUUUUAUCGAAUGGUUCCUAGUGAAGAUUUUCAGUACAGAGGAAUCGUCCAGUUGCUUUUGCAUUUUGGAUGGAAAUGGGUAGGUCUCAUUGCCCAAGAUGAUGAAGGUGGGGAACAUUUCUUGGAGAUCAUAGAAUCAAUGCUCUCCCAAAGUGGGAUCUGUUCUGAAUUCACAGACAUAGUUCCAACAAAUGUGCGCUACUCCAAAAGUCUGUUUCAAAUGUUCUCAAACCGAGUCAGAAACCUCCCAGGUUUUUUGGUGAGCAAAGCCAAUGCUGUUAUUGUAUCUGGAGAAAGUGCCCCAGUUACAUGGUUGGCAAAUACUGUAGUAGCAAUCCAAGCCUAUCAACAAAAAUACCCUUUGCACAAACUCUCUGCGGCAAAGGUGUGGAUCACGACAGCCCAAAUUGAUUUCAAGUUCUUUAAAGUUCAAAUGGUGACUGGCCUUUCGACCCAAAUGUUCCAUGGCGCUCUCGCUUUCACAAUUCACACCAAGGAGGUUCGAGAUUUCUAUGACUUUCUUCGGAAAGUAAACCCUUCCUGGGCAGAUGGAGAUGGUUUCAUCAGUGAUUUCUGGGCAGAAUCAUUCUAUUGUUCUGCUUCAGACUCGGGAAUUUCUAAGUUCUUCAGCCUUGCAUGCACAGAAGAGGAGAUGCUGGAGAGCCUUGCUACACCGUUCUUUGAAAUGCGCAUGACUGGCCACAGCUACAGUAUCUAUAAUGCUGUCCAUGCUCUAGCACAUGCCUUGCAUACCUGGUACUUAGUGAAAGCCAGCAACAGAAGAACGGAGGCUUGGGGUGGACUGUCUUCUUGGAACGUGGAGCCCUGGCAGCUCCACUCAUUCCUUCACCAGAUCUCAUUCAAUAACAGCGUUGGAGAUUUAAUUGCACUCAAUGAACAUGGAGAAUUAGCAGCGGGAUUUGAUGUUACAAAUGUGCUCACUUUCCCUAACAAUUCCUACAUCAGGGUGAAGGUGGGGACGCUGGACCCUCACAACCCUCCUGGCAAAGAACUGACCAUUGAUGAGGACAGUCCCUUGGAAUGGCACAGAGGCUUGGCUCAGGUUUCAAAAAAAGAAACUUGUCUCAGAUGUCCAGAAGAUCAAUAUCCAAACAAAGGCAAGGAUCAAUGCAUCCCCAAAACGCCAAAUUUCCUAGCAUUUGAUGACAUUUUGACAAUCGUUUCAACUUCCUUUGCACUUCUAUUCUCUCUGAUCACAGCUCUGGUGCUUGGCGUCUUCAUUAAACACCGGGACACUGCCAUAGUUAAAGCCAAUAAUAGGAGCCUCACCUACAUUCUCCUCAUCUCUCUCCUCUUGUGCUUCCUCUGUUCCUUGCUGUUCAUUGGAAUGCCCAAUGAAACAACCUGCCUUCUCCGACAAACUGCUUUUGGCAUCAUCUUCUCAGUGGCCCUGUCUAGCAUCUUGGCCAAAACCAUAUCUGUGGUCUUGGCAUUCAUGGCCACCAAACCAGGAUCCAGGAUGAGGAAAUGGCUGGGACAAAAGUUGGCUUAUUCCAUAGUCCUCUUCUCCUCCAUCAUUCAAGUAGGCAUCUGUGCUGUCUGGCUAGCAACCUCUCCACCCAAACCAGAUUUGGACAUGGACUCAAUGGCAGAAGAAAUUGUUCUUUUGUGUCACGAAGGCUCGGCCACAAUGCUAUAUUGUGUCUUAGGCUAUAUGGGCUUCCUGGCCAUUGUCAGCUUCACUGUGGCCUUCUUAGCCAGGAAGUUGCCAGACAGCUUUAAUGAAGCCAAGUUCAUCACCUUCAGCAUGUUGGUCUUCUGCAGUGUUUGGCUGUCCUUUGUUCCAACUUACCUGAGCACAAGAGGAAAAGACAUGGUGGCUGUGGAGAUCUUCUCCAUCUUGGCCUCCAGUGCUGGGUUACUGAGUUGCAUCUUUUCUCCUAAAUGCUACAUCAUUCUGCUGAGGCCUGAGCUGAACAACAAAGAACAAUUGAUACGAAGAAAUACAUAA